AUGGCGCCAUUCGAUCUCUUUAAGAGGAACAAUAGUGAGAAAGGUGUCGGGAAAGAAAAGACUCCAAAGAAAGGAGGUAAGGAAGGAAAGGAGAGUCCAUCACCAACAACUCCUUCGCCUUCCAAGUUUUCCAAACAACGAAAUAAGAAGGAAAAGGAUCAAGAGAGAGGCUUGCACGCCGAGAGGACAAUUUCUACUCCCAGUAGCGAGAAUGAAGAGAAAGAAUCAAUAACCACAUCAGCUACUGAAGAUGUAUCUACUGUUGAGGCUCAAGAAACAGAAAUCACCAACAAUGAAAUUCUUGAAAUGAAAAAAGAAAAAGAAGCAUUAAUAGAAAAGAUCCGAGAAUAUGAGAAUAUGAUUGCAUCUCUUAAGGACCAAGUACAACAAGUCUCGAAUCAAGAAGAAACAAAAUAUCUACAACUACUUAGGGAGAAAGAUGAAUUUACAAUCAAUUUGGAACAAGCAAGGAAGGAAAAAGAAGCUGAAGUGAUGCAACUAAAGCAAGAAUUGGACGGAAUGAUGAAAUCCAAAAAAGAGGAAAUUGCUUCUCUAACAUCUGAUAUUGAGAACUUGAAUGAAACUUUGAAUCAAGCAAAAAGAGAUCAUGCGAAAGAAAUUGCUGAUUUAGAUGUAAUCAUUAAUUCUAGAGAGAAGGAUAAUGUAAAACAGGCUGAAGAACUUGAGAAGGUGGCCAAAGAAAACUUUGAGUUACGCGCUUAUAUAAGCUCUCAAAAGGCUGAAAUUGAAAAGAUGACCAAAGAAAUUGCAGAAUUUACACUAGAAUUGUCUAAUGUCUCAGCACAAGUGAAGGUGAAAGAUGAGACGGUGCAACAACUUGACGGAGAGAAAAAACUGCUUGCAAAGGAAGUGUCUGAAUUGCAAGCACUCAAUCAAGAGCUGCUCACAGUGAAAAACGAACUGGAAGAAAUUGCGAACUCCAAGACCGGUAAUGAACUUCAACACCUCCAGCAAGAAUUUGAGAGUGUUCUAAAGGCUAAAAACGAGGAAAUAACUUCCCUUAACUCCCGUAUUGACAAUUUAAACGACGUGUUGUGUCAAACCAAAACAGAUCAUGCUAACGAAAUAGAUUCAUUUAAUUCACGUAUAAAAUUGAAAGACGAAGAAUGUCAAAAACAGAAAGAUGAGUACGAGAAGCUUGCAAAGGAAAAUGAAAUGUAUAAAUUACGGAGCGAAGAGCUAAUUCAAGCAAAGGAGAAGUUGGAGGAGCUCUUGAAAACUAAGACAGAAGAAACUCUAGUGCUUGAAUCUAAUGCGCAAGAACUGCUUCAAUCGAAACAAGAAUUAAUUGAAGCAAUUAACACGAAAUUGGAAGAUAUUUCAACCCUAAAAACCGAGCUUGAGAACCUGAAUGACAAACUUAAGGAAACCGUAGAAGCUCAAGCCCGUGAAAUCCAAAAGAUCACAUCUGAAUGGGAAGAAAAAUGUACUGCCAUGCAAGAAGAAAAAGAUCAGUUGAUCAAAGAACGCGAACAGCUCGCAAGUGAAAAAUCGGAAUUGGCAAUAGCAUUAACGUCAAGCCAACAGUUGAAAGAGGAGGCUCAAAUAAGAUUUGAAGAGGAACGCAACAAGUUAUCCAAGGAAAAUUCUUCACUGAACAAAGCCCUUUCUGAGUUAUCAUCCCACUUCAAGGAUGGAGAGGAAGCCAGAUCGAUAGUUGAGGAGGAAAACAAAAAGUUGAAAGAAGAAAUUGAAAAUAUUACCAAGCAUAGCUCUGAACAAAAAGAAGCUUUAAGCGCACUAAUUAGAGUAGACGAGGAAAACAAAAUGAUGGUAGAGAAAGUUGAAAAGCUCAAGCAAGAAAUCAAGGAACUUACAGAACAGUCACAAGAUUUCUUCAAUUUGAAACAAGAGCUCGAAGGAGUGAUAAAAUCAAACACAGAAGAAAUAUGCUCUCUCACAUCUCAAUUGGAGAAUAGUACUGAGUUAUUGAAUCAAAUCAAAAAAGAUAAUGCUUCUGAGAUUGCAUCUUUGAACGAAGCAAUGGAUCUUAAAGAUGGAAUGAUUAAAGAACUAUCUUCUCAAAAGAAAUUGAUAGAAGAGGAGGUUCAACACCAAAAAGAAGAAAUUGCCAAGCUUUUUAAAGAAAAUAACGAAGCUAAGCUACAAGCACAAGAACUUCUUCAAACAAAGAUCGAAUUAGAGGAAAGCAUGAAAAACAAGACAGCCGAAAUACUUUCUCUAAAGUCAAACAUCGAGCAAGUGAGCUAUCUAUUACAGCAAACUGAACUUGCUCAUUCACAAGAAAUUGCUACGUUAACUAAUAUGGAUGCAAGACUGGAUAACAAUGCCCACAAAGAAAUGGAAAACGUGUCAAACGUAGUUUUCACUCUACAAGAAGAAAACAACAAACUGAUCAAGGAAAACUCUGAGUGUAAAACUGCGUUAUCCCAUUUAACUUUCCAAAUUGAGGCUGAGGUGAAAGCAAGAGAAACGUUGGUUGAAGAAAACCAAAGGCUAGUUUUAGAAAAUUCUGGAUUAACAACUCAAGCAAAGGAGUUAAUGAAUUACAAACAAGAAUUGGAAGGAAUUGUGAAUAGUAAGACAGAGGAGAUAUAUUCUCUCAAAUCCAAUAUUGAAAAUAUCAACCAAAUGUUGGAUAAAGCCAAAAUGGAUUUUACUGAUGAAAUUACAAAAUUGAAUUCGUCAUUGGAUUUAAAGGAAGCAGAUAACAUGAAACUAAAAGACUCCGUUGAAAUGUUCACCAAGGAAAAUACGGAACUAAAGGCAGAAAUGGUUCAGCUUGAGUUGAAAGUACAAACAAUUCACAACGAAAGUGUGCAUGACAAAGAAGAAAUUGAAAAGCUUACAAAAGAAAACUCUGAACUAAUUUCACUGAAUGACUUGUUGAGAAAAGAAAGUUCAAAGCAGUCAUUCAAGUCUGUUCACAGUUAUCCAAACCCUAUUGCCCUUGGUGGACCUUUAACCCGAAUGUUCAAUAACCAACUGACCAAUGUCAAUAAUAAAUAG